UCCCACGACUCGGCUUGGGUCGCGUCGGGGUCGUGGGACGAUACGGUCAAGAUCUGGGACGCACGCAGCGGCGAAUGCCUCUCGACGCUCGGCGUUGGUAAGGCACUUGACCGUAUCUCGUUUGACAUUUCUAGCUCGUAUCUGCACACGGAUAUUGGCACUAUUGACAUCAGUGUCCUGUCAGGUUCAGUCGCGCUUCAAACUAUUUUAGAGCCUUGCAGUCCUCAGUAUCAAGGCCCCGGUUUAAGCGCAGAUGGUGUAUGGAUAACGAAUAAUUCAGAGAAUCUAGUGUGGUUGCCCUCAGAGUAUCGGCCGUCACGCUCCGCAGUGUCAAGGGACACAAUCAGCAUUGGUGUUGGGUCGGGAAGGGUGUUGAUAUGCACAGUUAACCGUAAUAGAUCCUAG